AUGCCGAGGAGGGGAGCGGUACCGUUGUCUAUCGUAUAUAGCGACGGUCGCCACGUGGGGCUUGGCGCCCCUGGGGAGGCGAGCGGUAGCCACCAGCCAGAGGCUUCCACUUCCGGCCGUGGUGAGGCGGCUACCGAACCAUCCAACCGGCCGAGGGUAUCCGUAGUCUACCCCGGCAAUCCUAGGGUGCCGAUGGGGGUUCCGAAGGAGCUCGUCUUCGGGGUGGAUUAUCUGGAGCCCAAUAGAGUCACCGAAAGGGAGAUUGCGAAGUUCCGGGCGGAGUACUUCAUUCCUGAUUCGGUAGGUAUGAGGAUUCCUCUUCCUACCGAAUCUCUAAGCAGUCCGAAGGACGGCGAAGUCGUCUUUUUCACGGACGUGCUUUUGCAGGGGGUGAGGCUUCCUCUGCAGCCUGCCGUUCAGAGGAUCCUGGCGCAGAUCGGCUACGCUCCCGGCCAGUUCAAUCCGAACUUCUGGGUGGCGCUGAUGGGGGUAGUCACAGCCUUCGGCAUGGCUGGGGAGGGAGAACCUUCGUACGAGCAGUUCUCCCACCUUUAUAGUAUCACGAAGUCAAAGUGUGCCGAUCACGGAGGCUGGGUCCAGGCCAAUUGUCUGAAGGCUGCCGAGCGUGGUCACUUCGUCAAUGCCGUCCUGACCUCACAGAAGACAUGGAGGAAACGGCGGGUGCUUUUGUCCGGUGACUGGGAGUCACCCUCGGGACACCCCGUCCGUUUCCAUAUUCCAACGACGUUCCAAAUCGCUGGCAAGUUGAAGCAGCCGAGCGCCACACAAGCGGAGGUCCGGCAGAUCGAAAGGGUUAGGAUGAAGGUUCCUGCCGUUGAGAGGGUGUACCCGAAGUUUCUCUUCACCGCCAAUCUUAUCAAGGCCCGGCUUGUCAACCCUGCCGAGAGUCAGUAUACUCCUCCAUUUCGACAGUUCAAAAUGUAUAUCGACGAAUCUGACCGUCUCCUUCUUGCAGUGACCGAAGAGAGGAAGGCUGCCAAGGUGAAGAGGAUGAACGAGUCCUCGAAGAGACGCCUCAUGCUCGGCAUGCAGGGGAAGAAAAAGGGGCGGCAGGCCUCAACGGUACCGGCGUCUUCGGGAGGCGUGGACCCCGACGAUCUGACACUCAAUGAGCGCCGUCGCCAGAUGCCGGCCGAUUCGGCGCGUGCUGAAGCUACCGAAGCCGGUCCGUCCCCCGGCCGAGUUCCGCCUACCGAAGGCACCUCCGCCAAAGCUGCAGGCAAGAGGCCGUUCACGGUGGACCUUGAUGCCGACCCCGCUCCAAAACGCGGGCGACAAACUGAGCCUGCUCGGGCCGUCUUCUCUGCCGAGGACGAUGAGGCGCCUUCCGAAGCUGUUACCCUGUCCUGUCCUUCGAAGACGGUACAGUUUGUGAACCAUAUGAUCCUCAGUUCGCAGAUGGAGCUGUCGGAGAUCGAGGAACUGCCGAAGAAGCUGCUUCGGGAGGAGGCAGGCCUCGCAUUCCGUCUCCAAGCCUCGGCAUCAAUGGACAUGUGGCUCUGCGUUAAGCGAGCCAUCAAUGCCGCUGAGAAGGCGAAGAAGGUGUACGAAGACGGCAGGGCGAAGGUUGCCGAAGCUUGUAAGCUUCGUUCCGAAGGUUGGCUUGUGCUCGGCGUUCUUCGAGUAAAUCGAGGCUCAAAGCCAGUGCUUCCUCAUUUGCCUUCGGUGCGAAGGUUUCCGUUCGGUAGGAGGGCUCUCUGA